UUUUUUUAAUCUCUCUCUCUCUUCUGCUCCCUUUGAUUCAAAUUUUUCAUCUUCAACCUUGCAAAUCUUGUCUUUUUGUACUUCUAAUGGAGUUUUUUUUGGUUAAUCCCUGCCUUUUUCUCUUUGUCCUUCACGAGGAGCUGUCAGAUUAUACCCUUUUUCAAACCCAAAACCAGACCCAUCUUCGAUCUUCUUUUCAACGUUUUGGAUCCAUCUUUUCUGUUUCUUUUUGUCUCUCUUCUGGGUGUAUGCGUAUCCAUUUCUCUCUGUUUUUUUUGGGUUUUUUUUUUCCUCUGUUUCUAACCGGAAUUGUUGAAACCCAGAUUGGAUUUUGGGUGUUGUGAAUGUGAUUCAAACUUUUACUACUUAUUGUUUCUUUCUCUAGAGUUUCAGAGAACGAGAAUCAGAAUGGGGAAGGCAACGAGGUGGUUGAGGACGUUAUUGGGGAUGAAGAGAGAAAAGAACGCCGAUCAGAAUUCAUGUGAUAAAAGAGAGAAGAAUCGCUGGAGUUUCUCCAAAUCUGGGAAGGAAUUCACUGGAAAAGUUCAGAAUCUGCCACCGCCGCCGCCGAGAAAAGCGGUGGCGGACGCCGAUUGGCAGAGAUCCUAUAAUACAGAAACAGAAGAAGAGCGGAAUGAGCAUGCGAUUGCCGUCGCCGCCGCGUCGGCUGCUGCUGCUGAUGCCGCUAUGGCGGCUGCUCAGGCGGCUGUGGCGGUUGUUAGGCUGACGAAUCAAACCAGAGGAGGUGCUCUGUUCUAUGGAGGGAAUGAGAUUAUGGCGGCUCUUAAAAUUCAAAACGUUUUCAGGGGAUUUUUGGCAAGAAAGGCGCUUCGAGCGUUAAGAGGAUUGGUGAAAUUACAAGCUUUAGUUAGAGGAUUUCUCGUUCGAAAACGAGCUGCUGCAACUUUACAGAGCAUGGAAGCUCUGUUCCGAGCACAAACCACCGUCCGAUCACAGCGUGCUCGUAGUCGUUCCAAUAACGAAGAGAACAAAUCCCAACCGGAGAAGUCGGCGGACAUCGACGUCAGAUCCCUUUACUCCAACGAAAUUGAAGACCCAAAAAUCGUGGAAAUCGACACACUCUUCAGAAGACCCAAAUCAAGAUCCCGUCGAUUCAACAGCCUUCUCCCGGAGUUGGCGGACGACCGGGCAUCGCCGUAUCUCUGGACAAUGGCGUCGCCGGCGAGAUUCUCGGGAGGGGAGUGGUUUUUUGCGGGUGGAGAGGAAUGUGGGCGGAUGUCGACGCCGACGGCACACAGCACGCCACGAGUGGGGAACAGCGGGUGGGGGGCGGCGGCGGGGGUAGCGACGCCGACGAGGAGCGUGUAUGGGGAGGGGUAUUUUCGUGGAUAUUCGAAUUAUCCGAAUUACAUGGCGAGUACGCAGUCGUUUAAGGCGAAAUUGAGGUCGCGAAGUGCGCCGAAACAGAGGCCGGAGGUGUGGACGAAGAAAAGGGCGGCGUGGAAUGAGGUGAUAGGGCCGAGAAACAGCAUUAGCAGCGUUAGGAUGCAGAAAAGUAGCCGCGGAGAAGAAGAAGGAUUUUAUGAACUGUGAAAUUUCUUCUUCUUUUUUGUUUUUUGUUUUUGUUUUUGUUUUUUUGGGUGUUUGUGUAAAUUCAUCGUUUCACAAUCAAACUUAAAUUGUAAUGUUUUCUUAAUUUU